GGGUUUUUCAGGGCAUUUCGCUUUUCAGCGGCUAGCAAAAAGCCAGGGAAGUUACAGAGUUUACGAGAUUGAAAGCCAUGGAGUCGCCAUUCAAAGCGGACAUAUUAAGAGGGAAGGUCGCGCUGGUAACAGGAGGUGGUUCAGGGAUUGGAUUUGAGAUAUCAGCUCAGUUUGGUAAACAUGGUGCCUCUGUUGCGAUCAUGGGUCGACGCAAGCAAGUUCUUGAAGCUGCUGUCUCUGCUCUUCAAUCUCUUGGAAUUCCGGCUGUUGGCUUUGAGGGAGAUGUUCGCAAACAAGAAGAUGCAAAAAGAGUUGUUGAAUCAACUUUUAAACAUUUUGGCUGGCUUGACAUUCUUGUGAAUGCUGCAGCUGGAAAUUUUCUUGUAUCAGCCGAGGAUUUGUCUCCUAAUGGGUUUCGGACAGUUAUGGAUAUUGAUUCAGUUGGAACCUUUACAAUGUGCCAUGAAGCACUUAAGUAUCUUAAAAAAGGAGGACCUGGGAGGGGCACAUGUGGUGGAACAAUUUUGAACAUAAGUGCAACUUUACAUUAUACAGCUUCGUGGUAUCAAGUACAUGUAUCUGCUGCCAAGGCAGCUGUUGAUAGCAUUACUAGAAGCUUGGCAUUGGAGUGGGGAAGUGACUAUGAUAUCCGAGUCAAUGGGAUUGCCCCAGGCCCUAUUGGUGACACUCCUGGAAUGAGCAAAUUAGCACCUAAAGAGAUUGAUGGCAAAGCGAGAGAGUCCAUGCCUUUGUAUAACCUUGGGGAGAAAUGGGAUAUUGCUAUGUCCGCACUAUACCUGGUGUCAGAUGCUGGUAAGUACAUUAAUGGGACCAUCAUCGUAGUUGAUGGAGGACUUUGGUUGAGCCGGCCUCGUCAUCUGCCAAAAGAAGCAGUGAAGCAACUUUCACGAGUAGUAGAAAGGAGGUCCAGAGAUACACCGGUAGGAGUUCCAACCAGCAAGUUAUAGAUAGUCUAUCACCAUGAAGAUAUUAGCCUUGUUCUCCAACUCACAAAGUAUAUGCUGAGUAGAACAUAAAAGCACCUAUUAUCGGUAAGCUAAGCUUGAAUUUCUAUCAAAUGGGAGACAGGCACAUAGAAACGUAAUUCCAGUGAUACUUUAAUUUGCUCAUCUUACAAGUUGCAUCAAGUUCCAUAUUAUGGUACUCUGGCUUUAUAAAUUUAUGAGGACAAUAAUUUGGGAUU